GCUCAGCUGGAGAUGGCAUCUUUGCGAGCAGCCUCACAGUUCUGAUCGGAACGACUUCCAGACUUGUACAGAAAGGGGGGAAAGAAAAGGGUUCUGUUUCGGCUGGGAGUGGAAGCAGAGGGAAAAACAAGCUCUCAUUCAGUAAAGCUUGGACUUAAUUGGAAAGGACAGGUCAUGUUCUUCCCAGAUGUAGGUUAGAUGGAAGGCACCACAAGCUGUCAAUGAGAGAUUGUGUAAGGACCAUAAGACUGUAACCACUGGAGAUUCUCUAGAUAUAACUCCGUGCGCGCUUUCUCUCUCAACAAUGGAUAUUGGAAAAACGAGCGUCAGCAUCAAUAAGGCUAUUAAUGCACAGGAAGUCGCAGUGAAGGAAAAACAUGCCAGAACAUGCAUUCUUGGUACGCAUCAUGAGAAAGGCGCUCACACAUUCUGGUCAGUAGUGAAUCGAUUGCCGCUGUCCAGCAAUGCAGUCCUCUGCUGGAAAUUUUGCCAUGUAUUUCACAAGCUGCUUCGUGAUGGACAUCCAAGUGUUCUUUUGGACUCGAUGCGAUAUAAGAAUGAGCUGAAUGACAUGAGCAGAAUGUGGGGUCACUUAAGUGAAGGUUAUGGGAGACUGAGUUGUAUCUACCUCAAACUGUUAAUAACAAAGAUGGAAUUCCACAGUAAAAAUCCGAGAUUCCCAGGAAAUCUCCAGAUGACAGACAGGCAACUUGAAGAGACAGGCGAAAAUGAUGUAAAUAACUUUUUUCAGCUGACAGUGGAAAUGUUUGAUUAUCUGGAAUGUGAGCUCAACCUUUUCCAGGCAGUCUUCAGUUCCCUGGACAUGUCAAGAUCAGUGUCUGUAACAGCAGCUGGUCAGUGUCGAUUAGCUCCUCUAAUACAGGUUAUUCUCGACUGCAGUCACCUGUAUGACUACACGGUUAAACUCCUCUUCAAGUUACACUCCUGUCUCCCAGCAGAUACUUUACAAGGCCAUAGAGACCGAUUCCAUGAGCAGUUCAGAAAACUGAAAGAAUUAUUUUAUAGAUCCAGUAACUUACAAUAUUUCAAGCGGCUGAUCCAGAUUCCGCAGCUCCCGGAGAAUGCUCCAAACUUUCUGCGAGCGUCAGCACUGUCAGAGCAUGUCAGCCCUGUUGUGGUCAUUCCUGUUGAGUCCACCUCACCUGACAGUGAGCCAGUUGCGGAAACAGAUGACCUAGUCGAGAUGAACUCAUCAUCCCAGCAGAAUUUAUUUGACAAUAAAUUUGAUGACCUCUUUGGAAGUCCUGGGCCAACUGACCCUUUCAAUUUUAACAACCAGAAUGGGAUGUCGAAGGAUGACAGGGACAAGUUGAUUGAACAACUCAAUGGGGAAAUUGCGUCACUGAAGGAAGAAAUGGCGAAUUUUAAAAUCGAGAGCAAACGCUUGAUCUCACAGUUGAGGGGUCGAAUCAGUGAGUUAGAAGCAGACCUGGCUGAACAGCAGCACCUGAAGCAACAAGCAUUGGAUGAGAAUGAGUUUCUAAAGGCUGAACUUGAGGAGGUGAAGAAAAGGCAAGAUGACACCGAGAAAGCCCAGAAGACCCUCACAGAGAUCGAACGGAAAGCUCAAGCCAAUGAACAAAGAUACACAAAAUUAAAGGAGAAGUACACUGAAUUGGUUCAGAAUCAUGCAGAUCUGCUGCGGAAGAAUGCAGAUGUAACAAAGCAAAUGACAUCCUUUCGUCAAACACAAGAGGACAUGGAACAGGUGAAGAAGGAGCUAGAGGAAACUGUGCAUCAGUUGAAAGAAGAUAUUCAGCAAAAAGAUCAGGAGCAGAGUUGUGUCCUAGAAGCUCUGCAGAAGGAACUGAAAUCGAGAAAGGAGGAGGUAGAGUCUCUGAAAACUUCACAUGCAGACUCUGAAAAGGUGAGCACAGGGAUGGCAUCAACAAUUGAAUCCCUAACGUCAGAGAAGAAGGCGCUGUCUGAGGCUGUGGAUCAGAAGGAGAGCAUGUUAACUGCACUACAAGAUGAGCUACAGCAGCUAAAGGAUGCUCUGUCAGCAGAGAGGGACAGUACCAACCAAACAGUUGAGGGGCUGCAGAACCAGCUGAACGAAAAAGAGAACCAUGAACAGUCUCUGGAGAAGCAGUUACUCGAUGAGCAGUUUGCUCUACUGUGCUGUACUUUGGAGGAGGCAGAGGGAAUUGUACAGGAUGCACUCAGCAGGUUGGAUGAUCCCCUUCAUGUUGGCUGCACAAGUUCUGCAGAUUAUCUCAUCACAAGAAGCCAGGUUGCACUGGAUUCCCUCAACAGGCUACAGGAUGGACACGCACAGUAUCUGUCUGACAGAUCAGAUGUCAGAAACCUUUUGCAGUCAGUCACUCUUUUUACCCAUUUGAUGGGGGACACCAUUGUCCAGGGCAGUGCCACCUCCCACAUGGUGCCAAUGGAACAGGCAGACCGUCUGUUGGAAGCGUGUAAGCAAUGUGGUAGUGAGGUACUUGCCUACUUUUCCAGUUUGAAGGACGCAACAACUUUGAGCAAAGCAGAUUGCACAAAAGUGAGAGAAAGUCUGAACCAGAUAAACACAAUAGGAGAGGAGCUGAGGCCUAAAGGAAGAGACAUCAAACAAAAAGAGCUGGGGGACCUGGUGGAACAGGAGAUGGCUGCCACAUCAGCAGCUGUUGAAGCUGCUACUACACGGAUUGAGGAAAUGCUAAGCAAGUCAAGAGCAGGAGACACGGGUGUGAAGCUGGAGGUGAAUGAGAGAAUCCUUGAGUCUUGCACUGACUUGAUGCAUGCAGUUAAAAUGUUGGUUCUGACAUCGAAGGAUCUACAGAGAGAUAUAGUGGAGAGUGGAAGGGGGGCAGCAUCUCAAAAAGAGUUCUAUGCCAAGAAUUCCAGGUGGACUGAAGGCCUCAUCUCUGCAUCAAAGGCUGUAGGCUGGGGAGCCACUGUGUUGGUAGAUGCUGCAGACAUGGUUGUCCAGGGAAAGGGGAAAUUUGAAGAGUUGAUGGUUUGUUCUCAUGAAAUCGCAGCCAGUACCGCACAACUGGUAGCUGCCUCCAAGGUGAAAGCAGAUAAAGACAAUGCUAACCUUGGAAAACUGCGGCAGGCGUCUAAGGGAGUAAAUGAGGCCACGGCCAGUGUAGUGGCUUCCACAAAAUCAGGAAAAUCCCAGAUUGAGGAAACAGACACAAUGGAUUUCUCAAGCAUGACACUGACACAAAUCAAGCGACAGGAGAUGGACUCACAGGUUCGUGUUCUAGAACUGGAGAGCGAAUUACAGAAAGAGAGGCAGCGCUUGGGAGGACUGCGUAAAAAACAUUAUGAGCUGGCUGGAGUUUCUGAAGGCUGGGAUGAAGAUACUAAGUAAGCCCAGAGUGGAAAAGAACGAGCAGAAAUUUGAAGAAUACCACCUCAAGUCUGAGACUGAAUAAUGCAGACUCUCUUACACAAACAAAACCCAGUUAAUCCUCUCCAGCAUCGAGGGAUCAGUGCAGUUACCAUGAACUUUGACUAGGACUGAUCCUACAGUUCUGUAUCAGUGUUUUCCACUUGUAUUCUGGAUCCUAUUUCUAUCGAGAUGAGAUGGUCAUGUUCCUUUAUUUAUUAUAUGUAUAUUUUUCCUUUAUAUUUGCACAGUAGUGGUAAAUAUUGUAUUGUGUUAGUGUUUAUGUUUCCAACAUCCACCAAGUCUUGGUUUAACUAUUGAUACCCCUUUUGUUGGCACCUACCAGUAAAUUGCUAGCAAAAUGUGGGAAUGUCAUAACAAUUCAAGCAUCUUGCUUUCCCUUUCAUUUUAAACACUGGAUUAGUGGUUACAGGUAUCAUUUACGAUAGUAUUAAGCUAUAAAGACCAGAAAAGCCUAGAUCUGCUAUUUCUCAGUUUGCUGGUCCAGCAUGGGGCAGCAGCUGGUGUCUGUGCCAGUAAGUUAGGUAGAGGUAGGAAAAGAAUGAGCUAUCCUUCCAGUUCCUGCUAGUUGUUAUGUACUCUGUUAAAAGGUGGAAAUGGUAUGUGUGAUGCCCUUCAGCAUCAACUUGCUCAAUAAUCUUUACUGCCCUGGGACUAAAAGGGAGUGCCCGUUUGGUAAGUGCUGUUAGAAGAUGGGCAGCAUCCGCUUGGACCCGUGACAUGCAUAACUUCAUACCAGUGCCUGAAGCAGCAGUGAUGAGAAGGUAAAUUAUUUGGUCAUCCUGAUUAUCACAAAAAAAAUGACGUACCAGCCGUUCAAAGUCUUCAACAAUAGCUCGUCACCCAGGAAAGAAACUUGUAGAUGCUUCUCCCAGAUUUCUGUUAAUUGUCACAUCACAUGUCAUUGCAAGGCACUUCAUGGCACAGAGGCAUACCGGAUAUCCCAACUGGUCUUUGCUCCAUAGGAGCCUCCUUCUAUUUUACUUUAUCUCACUUUAUUAUCAUACCCUUUUAUUCUUCUCUCCUGUAAGUAGUUAUUGAGUUACCCAAUGUGCUAUUUUAUUUGGCUGCUAAGAGCAUCUUUAGAAAUCAUUUAUGUUUGAUUUUCUCCAUUCCCUCAUAAUGAAUGCCUGGUAGAACAUGCUGCAGUGGUGACCUUCUCAGGGGCCAAGCUAUUAUCACACUGAGGAAUUACAGAAAAAGACAUGAAAGUGUCAAAUGGACACAGUUUUCAUUCUAUUUAAUCUCCAUUUCCAAAAAAAUGGAACAUUUAACUCACGUGGUCAGUUGGAUGUGUUUGUGUAAUAUUGUUAAAGCCCUGAAAUAGUAUCCCAUAGGACAAAUAUUGCAAUAUUGCUGUGAAAUUCAAUGUCUUGGAAGAGAAAUGAAAACACAACAUUUCUCAACAGUUUAUCAGUUAGUGCCUGCGAAACAAUAAUGUAUUGUCACUCUUGAAGUAACCAUUGUACUGGUGAAGGGGUUACACUAGUUAAAUCGAGAAAACAUUUGGUUUUAUAGCUGUUUGGGUUGAAAUGUGUUUUUAAAGUCUAGUGCAGACCAAAUGAACAAUUAUUAUUUCCCCUGACAAUUCUGCUAGAAGUAUUUCAAAGUGUCUUUAUUAUUAUCUCCCCUGAGAAUGUCAGGGAUAUUUUUAUUUCCUCUUCAUAAAUUGUAAAGACAUUUCUUUGAGACAGAAAGUUUGAACUGCGUUGGUCAAUGGUCUGUUACAUCGGUUAUGCUAGCCCCCUUCUCCACAUCUUGUAUAUGAUAUCUGCUGAGUGUGUUUUCCCUUUCAUUGUGAACUGUGACUUUUCAUUUGCAGGAAUUAAAUUGUGGCAUUACUGUCUAAUCCCUUGCACACUUACAGAAGCGAUACCUGCAUUCAAGCUCUUGUUAUGGACUUGUUUCAACUUUGUACACGCCCGACUUUAUACUUUUUAAUAUUUGUUUAAGGUCAUAAAAAUGGAGAUUUUCA